AUGUACCACAUUGUUCCUCAAUCCCGUUAUCCUGUCCAAGCGAGUUACACAAUUUUCUACACGCCUUCUAUGACUGGGUCUCAUGCUUCCAUUGCAAAUGUCCCGUCAUUCUGGAUCUAUUCCUUACUGACCUGUCCAUGUCGCCAACCCGCCGCCCGAAGUCUAGGGGCAAUCGAUCAACGCUCCACUGCGAUUAUUAUUUGCAUGUCACGAUAUGUCAAACAUGGUAUCCGUACGGAUCAUGGAUAUCCUCACAACUCUCAGAGAAUCCGCUCUGGUCCUAUCGGCCUCGUUGAUUUUUCGGCUUUCUCAUUCGCAUCCCUGACGCCACGAAUCUGCCCUCGCCCUCCGGUCCCUCCCCCUCCAGAGACGUGCAACUUGAACUUCGAGUCUCGACCGCCGCGCCCCUCCCCCUCUCUGAAGUCUGAACCAUGGAUCAUGACCCAGAAUUCGCUAUCACGCAUCAUGCUGCGCUACGGGUGCUCUCAUCCUAGACCUUGCAAGGCCUAUCGCUCGCUCGCUUACACUUACAGUUCACCGUCCUAG